UACAAGGCGAACCUGGUCUUCAAGGUCCGCAAGGUGAACGGGGCUAUCCUGGUCUUCCUGGUAUGCAGGGACCACAAGGUGAGACGGGACCUCGGGGGCUGGAGGGCCAAAGGGGUGAUCGUGGCGAAGAUGGCGUAGGUCAUCCAGGCCAAAUGGGUCCACCUGGCCCACAAGGACCUGAAGGUCGUUGCGUGGAUGGUUUGCCCGGUAGACCCGGUGAACCUGGCGUGCCCGGUGCACCAGGCGAACCAGGCGGUCAUGGACCACCUGGACAGCCAGGCGUGUGCCCGGACUGCAAUGCUUAUCAAGCAGCAUAUGCCUACCCACUGUUGCUUGCGCAGCAGCAACAGAAUAAUAAAGGUCCACCGAAUUACUACAAUAAAGGACCACCAGUGAAUUAUUAUAAUAAGGGUUAAUAUGCAGAAAUUCGUUUGAUGUUUUUUUUUUUAUAAAUGCGUGUUUAAAACGUGUAAUAAAAUUAAACGGGUUUUUUUGGAAUUUUUAAUGUGAGUAUGAUUUGAGUUUUAGAAUAAACCCGACUACAUAUAUAAAUUUAAGUUUUCUGAAGACCAAAGAGUAAUACAAAUCUCGAGGAAAGCUAGAAAGUCGUUUGGUUGUCAAAGUAAUGAGAUAUUGACACUAUAUUUUUUCACAGCGGAAGUUCACUCCAGAGACAUUUUAUGAGCACAUCUGCGGCAUAGGAAAAGAGAUCUUAGGCUCUAAGUUUCUCUAUUUCGCAGCGGUAGU